UCUGUUUUGGAAAUGAGAGGAUAAACAUUUAACUGAUCAACACAGAAACUAAAGUGUGAAUUAAGAGUAAAUUUUCUGUUACUUUAAUUGCAUUAUUCCAGAAUAUUCCAGAAUUCUUAUUAAGACUUCUCUAUAAAGGGGCUGUUUCUGGUGGUCUCCAGAGUGUGGAGCUAUAAACUAACUCAAAUCUCCAGCAUGAUGUCACACAGUGGAGGUGGAGCCUGUAUUUAGUUCUGUGAUCAGCACAAAUGCUCCUAUUUAUCUGAUUCACCUACACACCUUCACCUGCCUUGAAGAGAAGCUGAGAAUCAGUAGUAUGUGGUUGUUCCAUUGGGGUGAAACUCCAGGUGUUUUGAUGCAGCCCAAGUUAGCCAUGUCCCAACUCCACCAAGCUAAAGACAGCAAAUCCCCUCAUGUUGAGGCUACACGGGCAACUUGUCAUUCCCGUAGAACUGCGAAGAUCCGGCUUUGUGUUAUGAUGACGAGAUCCCAGUCGCUUAUCUCAGUAUAUGCGUCCGCCUCCUCGCUCCCUGGCAUUACAAAAAGACCAGCCAACAGAGGACGCAGCGAGUUAUCGACAUACUGGGAUGUGGCUGUUCCAUUGGUUACCCAAAGGCAUCCCAACGCCGCCAAGCUAGUGAGAGCAAAUCCCCUGGCACUGAGGGGACAAGAGCGUCUUGUCGAUCCUGUAGGAAGGUGAAGGACCAUCCCAUCUUUAAUUUGGAUGAUGAGAGCUCAGGUAAGUGCCUUGGGUCCACUUGGCUUGAGCAACGCUGCAGGGAGGAGCGACCUGUAGCACAAGUCAUGGUGAGAUGGAAGGAGCAUACAGAUAACCCUUACUAUGUGUGUACUGCGAGCUUCCCAUAGUUUGAGGGAGCCUUGGGAGCGGCCGAGAGGGUCCUGUGUCUGUGUGUUCCUCCAGGUUGCAGAAGCUGUCCCCAGCUCGAGUUCCUGGUCCCAUGGCUGCACCCCGCGGUACUCCUGAUCCCGUGGCCACACCCCGCGGCACUUCUGUUCCCAUGGACGCUACCAGCAGCAAGCCCGCACCUCCGGACCCACCGCCGGUCGCCGCGCCUCCGGACCUACUGUCUAUCGCUGAAGAUGUCGUUGCAGGCCCGCCUCUUGCCGAGAACAUCGUUGCAGGCCCGCCUCUUGCCGAGAACAUCGUUGCAGGCCCGCCUCUUGCCGAGAACAUCGUUGCAGGCCCACCUUUUGCUGAGAACAUCGUUGCAGGCUCGCCUGCCCCCGUGGAUGUCGUUGCAGGCUCGCCUGCCCCCGUAAACAUUGCUACCCCUUUUUUCCCACCCAUCCCGCCCUUGCCUGUCUGCUGUUUCCCGUGGGCCUCCUGUUCAUCCUGUGUCUGCUCCCCAUGGGUCUCCUGUUUUGUCUCUUCAUUUUUGCCCUCCUCUGUACCUGGUGUGGUUUUGUUCCCUUCUGUUGUUUCUGUGCCCGUUCCCAUUCCUGUUGUGGUUCCUGUUCUUGUCUCUCCUUCUGUUUCUGUCCCAGUGUCUGUCUGUGUGUCCGUUUCUGAUACUGUGUCUAAUCCUAUGUCUCCUGUUUCUGUGUCUGUGACCUUGUCUUUUGUUCAGUGUUCUUGUGUCUCUGCUUCUGUGCCUGCUUCUGUGCCUGUUUCUGCUUCUGUGCCUUUGGCCUCUGCUCCCAUUUCUGUUUGUGUGCUUUCUGGUCCUGUUCUGUGUCUGGUGUCUGCUCCUGUGCCUGUUCUGUCCUCUGUUCCUCGUGUUCCGUGUUCUGUCCUUGUUUAAUUCUGUCUGUUUUUGGUCCCUUGUCUCUGUGUUUGGUUUUGUUUGGCGCACCUCAGAGUUGUGUGCCUUUGGGUACUGUCACAAUUGGCCCCUCCCAGUCCUGUCCAUGUGUUUGUGUUUUGGUCUAGUCCACCUGUGUGUUUUGAACCCCAGUCCAACCCCUUGUUUUGUGACUCCGCCCCUGAUUGCUCAAACCUGUUUCCGCCUGUCCCUCAUUAUCCUUGUUUGGUAUUUAAGCCCUGUGUUUGCCCCUUGUGUUUGGUCUUUGUUCGAAUUGUUGCUUUUUGAAAGUCUGUUUUGACAUGCUGUUUGUAUAGUUUGGAUUUGUUUGGUUGUAUAUCAUGUCUGUCCUUCAUUCUAUCCAUGUUGGAUCUUUGAACCUGGAAUGUCAUGACCAUGACCCUGGAUUUGCUCUCAAUAAAAGUCGCUAAUCUCAG